AUGUACAGUAGAGGAAAUUGGAGUUCAAAAGUCCCUGAUGUUAGUAGUUCACAAGUUUCUGAGUGGCUGCGCUAUGGACUGAUCAUCUGUGAGAAAAAUAUUAUGGCGAAGCCUUAUGUGAAGGUCAUAGUUGUGGUCCUUUGCCUGAAUUUUACCGGAUUGUCAGAGACCAAAUCACAGCAGACUGGUGUUGGUAUCUAUUACAAUUCUGACUGCUGGUGGGAUGGGAAGUUCUUGAUUAAUUGUCCUUUCAUUGGAAAAUCUACUAUUCCCACAGACAUUCAAACAGUAACAGUAGUUGAUUUAAGUUAUAAUAAUAUUACUACCUUACUCUGGUCUAACUGGAGAGAUGAAAAAUGGAAUAUCAAAUAUCUGAAUCUUAGUAAUAACCUGAUUUCUGAGCUAUCUUUAAAUAGCUUUAGAAAUUGACCACUUUUAGAAACUCUAAAUCUCAGUGGUAAUACCAUCCAUUACAUCACACUGGAUAUACAUAAACCUGCACACUGGACUGAUAAACAUAGAAAAGUUCAUACUUACGAUCUCCUUCCUUCUUUAAAAGUCUUGUCCAUUGAGAAAAAUAAUCUUACUGCAAUUCCAAGAGGACUAGAGAAGCUGCAAUCAUUACAAAGUCUGCAUCUGUCAUCCAAUGAGAUAUCAUAGAUUGAUCACAGUGAUUUUCAGAACUGUUCCCAACAAAAGAACAUCUACUUACAGACCAACAAGAUAACCAAAAUUCAUCCAGAUGCCUUCAAGAAUCUCAAAAACUUGCAGGUUGUGAACCUCAGCAACAAUGCUAUGACAACCCUUCUAAAAGCGAUAUUCAUUGACUUGAACAUACUUCAAUGGGAAGUGGAUUUAUCAAACAAUCCCUGGAUAUGUGACUGCAGGCUCAUUGCUUUCAAACAUUUCAUUAGUUUUCUUUCUGAAUCCUUGAGGAAAAAGUGGAGUAUCUUAUGCAAUGAACUGAUCAGCAACUCUGGUCAACCUCUGCUGUCUCUCAAAAGGUUUCAUUUAAACUGUGAAAUGCCUAUAAACAACGUUUCAUUUAAGAAAAUUGCUGUCCCAAUAGGAGAAACAGCAGUGCUAGACUGUGGCUUGGAUAAAACCUGUGGUAUGUGUAAUAAUUACUAUAGCCAUCCAACAUUUUCAGUUCCUGUGAAAUAUAUGUGGAAUGAAGAAAUCUAUUGGUGGACACCCCGUGGCAGAAUUUCCAAGGAUAACUGGCUUCCUCAUAUUAGACAGGAUGAAAUGAAAAACUUAAUAAUAUACAAUAUUGGGAAAACUGCAGAAGGUCUAUAUGCAUGUAUUUGUAACAGAAUGAAGAUGAAAUAUCUCAUCUAUGACAUAUAUGUGAAGCAAAAAUAUUCACCAUCCUUGGUUAGAAAUGCCAGAGACAUCAAUGCUGUUAUUAGACAAGGAAGAACAGAAGGAGACUUCACCUUGGCAGUCUGUCUCUCAGUAUUCAUUACAUUUGUUUGUGCUUUUUGUCUUGGUGCUUUCACUAGACCUUACAUUGGCAGACUGUGGAGACAAAUAUGCAGAAAGAAAAGCUCAGCUUCAGAAAAUACAUUUUCUAAUCAAGGAUUUUCAGCUGAAACCCUGACAAGCGAGAACACUACAAACACACAAACAAACGUACAGCAAAAUUUGUCUUUUUGUAGCAGAAACUCUUCAAGAAAUGUAGGCUCUUGCAUUGUGGAAGCUACUAGCUUGCAGAAAGUUGCCCUUCAUAACAGUGUACUUGCACUAAAUACAGAAGAAGCAAACCAAGAUCAAAGCAGCAGCUAUAUCAAAGUAAAGAAAGAAAAGGUGUCUCAGAAUAGCCAAGCAACUAAUUCUGCUGGUGAAGCAGAUAUAGACAUUGAUAAUAAUGACAUUUUUUCUGCAAUGUCAGAUCAUCAGUGUAGCAAUAAAGACUUUCAAAGAGAAUUAUCAAAUAAUGACAUUUCAUCACGUGAUGAUUCAAAAUACCUUUUUAAUGAAGAUUCAGGAAAAAGCAGGUUCUCUCCUAUAGCGAAUAGAUUUAACAUGGACUCUUACUCACUCCACAUUGAAUCUUCAGAUUUAAAUUCACUAUUUGCAAGAGAAACUAACUUUCCAUUUUCUGAAGCACAAAUACAAACAAACGCACAGAGUUCUGAAUACAGUGAUGUAAACAACAGAUCUAAUCUGUUGCAGUCUGAAAUUGCAGAGUCUCUUCAGGAGAAUAUGAGACAAAUGACUUCCCACACUCAGCCACUGAAUACUCAACAAUUUAUGCUCAAAAGGCAUAACUGUGAUAAAGAGCUUGAUGUAAAGGACAACAUAGAUAUGCUCAAUAACAGUGAGAAUUUUAUUUUACCUUCUAGCUGUGAAAGUGAUAUAAAUAUUGAGAAUUCACACACCUACCAAACACAGAAAAAUUCUGCUAGUAUUCAAGAGUUUAACUGUAAAGAAGAAAAUACUAGAAAUAAAGACAAUCCAGUGGACAUGUUUAAUGACAGCAGUUCCACAGAUGAAGGGUCUGCAUUUGCACUGAGUGAUUCUAGUUCUUUAACAGACAGUGAACUGAGGCAAUCUAAUGCUGGUGAUGAUCAUCAUCUGACCAACCCGUCAGUAACAGAGCAGGUGAUUAGCUUAAACAGUGGUACUGGCAAGUUCACCACAUUGCUACAGAGUCCUACCAUUACUACUGGAAUUCAAGAUAUUAUGGAAAAACAUGAAAAUAAGAAUGAAACAUAUUCUGAAACAGCUAUUAUUUCUGGAUCAGGUACUGGCAUGUCUGAAACAUAUUCAUCUGUUCUUCAUAUAGAUUCAUCUCACAUUGAUAUAUCUGACACAUCUCAUAUUGAUAAGUUUGAUGAUCAUGUAACCCUGUCAGAUUCAAAUACAAAUAAUCCUCCAUGUUGUGAAGUUCCUGGUAUAUUUGAGUAUGUCACCAGCCCAAAUUCACCAGCCCAGAAUAUAAUUUCUAAUCCUGUCUGCAAACAAAAUAUAAAUUUGAAUUAUGUAACAUUACCACCAUUAAAGUAUUCUCCCAGAUCUAUUCCAGAUACAGAGAACAUUAUUUCUAAAAACACUUAUUCGCAGCUUUAUGAAUUUUCUACUAUAACUCAGCAUUUUGACAGAUCCACCCCCUGUGAUCAAAAAGAAAAUGUUACUGAGAUCAAUACAGAAGAAAAUCAUAUAGCUCAGAGUUCUUCCCUGAAGAAUUACAGGGAAGAUGGCAUUACAUUCAAUAUAGCAAAUAUUAACACUCCUCAUAUGAACAAUAAUUUUAUAUUCACUUCUAUUGAUUUUGGGUCGAACUGUGCUGCUAAUAAAGCAUCACUUCUGCAUUCCAGUAUAACCACUGGUGAACCAUUUCUUCAGUCUCAUUCGGAGAGCACAGAUGAAAAAUCUGUUCCAAACAUUACUGAGACACAGGGCUCAUCAGUGCAAGAGCAGCAGCAUGUGGACAUGUCUGGGACUUGUGCACAAAGAAUGCACAGAGGUUUUAAUGAAAGGGAAUGUGAUAAAUACACAGAGCAAGAAGUUUUGUCUGGAAUAGAUAAAGGCAAUUCUAGCUUGUGUACAGCAGAAAUGAAGUUUCACAAUAUUAUGACAGAUUCAAGCCGUGUUACCUCUUCUGAGACAAUGCAAUCAGUUUUCAAUGAAGAAAAAUACUCACAACCUGAUCAUGAGAAUGAAGAGAAUGUAUGUUUCUCAACACAUCCCCAGAGCUUUUUUAAUGAAAAUGUGCAACAUAGUUUAUAUAAGGUGUCACAGACUGCUCAAGGAAAUACAAUCACCAACAGAACCAAUUCCAGUGACACUGAGAAUGAAACUUCGUUGGCAGAAUUAGACAGCAAUUCUAAGGCAGAUGCAAUCCUCCAAAAUUCAAGCGAAAUACCUGAUAAAAAAAAUGAAGCCACAAGAGGGCGGCAUUUAACAGAGGGCAGCUUUUUUGUUAAGAAGAAAAAAGCCUUUGAUGGUUUUGUAAGUGUUCUACAAAGCAGAACAAUGGAUUCCACAAAAUAAGACAUAGGAUGUUAAAUGACUGUACUAAGACUCUCUGCAACAUUUAUUAAGGGUACACAGUCUUACACAGUACCCAAGUAAAUGUCAAAAUGUGCUUAGUUUAAGAUGGAGUAUGGUUCCUAAAUUAUAUAUAUACUGAUAAAUAUUGAAUAUUAAACUUAAAACAACCCCAACCAUUCAACCAUUGUGCCCAGUUUUCUCAGCAUAAUUAUUUGCCCUGAAUUAUUUCGGAAACCCAUGCUGUCGAACUAUUUUAAAAAUGAAGGGGGAUGUCAGUAGUAGAACCCUAAGAGUCUGCUAUAUUGUAACUCAUAUCAGGCCUGACACACUCACUACCCCCAACAUACUGUUGUCAUAAUAUGUAUCUAAAAGGUAUCAUGUAAGGUAUCAUAUGUAAGCAGGUAAAUUGGCCCCCAAAAUCAGUAUCUGAUACAUGCACGAAUUGUGUACAAAGAGUUAUGUGUGCUGGAAGUAUGUUCUUUAAAAUGUGUUUGGGAGGCAGUACAUACAUUGAACAUGUCCUAGCAAAGGAAUAUGUAUUCCCCUGUCUGACUGGCUUGAUUACAAGCGGAGGAAAAUGAAAGCACAUUUACAUAUAAGGUAAACAAAGCAACCAAGCUAACAAGCAGUAGUUUAGUAAGCACACAGAGGGACAGAGUCCACACCCCAAUGAAGUCUUCCCGGCUCUUAAGGCAGAGACAAUGGACUUUAGGAACAAAAAGACAUGUUAAUUAUCCAUCACUUAGGGCACAUAGGUUACAGCACCCUCUGAGUCUGUGAACGUUGGGUCCCCUGGCCAGGAGGUCUAGAGAUGCUGGUAGCUGGAUGUAACUGAGAAAGCUGCUUAGGCAAAGAUAACUUGCUAAAAUUAAAUUUUACAGUAGAGAUCAAAUUUUGUUUUGUUUGUAACCAAACUUGUCUCUUUUUCAUUUGCCUUGUAUCAUUUAAAUCUCUGUUCUUUAUUAAUAAACUUAUUCUUGUUUUAUUACA